GAGCGGAGCCACCGAGACGCAGUGGGGCAGAGCACGGACUCCGAGCGAAUCGCACCGACAUCCCGGCAGCCCGUCUCCAAAUUCUCGCGUCAGGAGGCGACCCGAGCAGCGCGCGCCAGAGCCUGUCCGGCAUGGAGACUGCGCUAAAAAACAAGCACUAAAAUUCUGAAAAUGAAGAAGUUCAACAUCAGGAAGGUGCUGGACGGCUUGAAAGAGGCGUCCUCCUCCACCCCGUCUGUCCAAGUGGGGCCACAGGAGAACCAUCUGAUCCAGGAGACCCUCCAGUCCGAGCAUUUCCAGCUCUGCAAGACUGUCCGCCAUGGCUUCCCCUAUCAGCCGUCGUCCAUGGCUUUUGACCCUGUGCAGAAGAUACUGGCCAUCGGCACCCAGAGCGGAGCUCUCAGAUUGUUUGGUCGCCCAGGUGUGGAGUGUUACUGUCAGCACGAGAGUGGAGCUGCCGUCAUCCAGCUACAGUUUCUCAUCAACGAGGGGGCGCUGGUGAGUGCUCUGGCUGAUGACAGCGUCCACCUGUGGAACCUGAGGCAGAAGAGACCAGCCAUCCUUCACUCCCUCAAGUUCAACAGAGAGAGAAUAACUUUCUGCCACCUGCCAUUCCAGAGUAAAUGGUUGUACAUCGGCACAGAACGAGGGAACAUCCACAUCGUCAACGUGGAGUCCUUUAUGCUCUCAGGCUACGUCAUCAUGUGGAACAAAGCCAUUGAACUGUCCUCAAAGGCUCACCCUGGACCGGUUGUCCAUAUAAGUGACAAUCCAAUGGAUGAGGGAAAGCUUAUAAUUGGAUUUGAGUCUGGGAUCGUGGUCCUGUGGGAUCUGAAAUCAAAGAAGGCCGACUAUCGCUACACUUAUGAUGAGGCGAUCCACUCAGUUGCCUGGCAUCACGAGGGCAAGCAGUUCAUUUGCAGUCACUCAGAUGGAACUCUGACCAUAUGGAACAUCAGAGGCCAGGGCAAGCCCAUACAGACAAUCACCCCACACGGAAAACAGCCCAAGGACGGGAAGAAGCCAGAGCCUUGUAAACCCAUUCUCAAAGUGGAGUACAAAACCACUAGAAAUGGGGAACCCUUCAUAAUCCUGUCUGGUGGCCUGUCCUACGACACAGUGGGCCGGCGGCCUUGUCUGACGGUAAUGCAUGGCAAGAGUACCGCUGUGCUGGAGAUGGACUAUCCUAUUGUAGAUUUCCUCACACUCUGUGAGACCCCCUACCCUAAUGAUUUUCAGGAACCUUACGCUGUGGUGGUCCUUCUGGAAAAGGAUUUAGUGGUGAUCGACCUUGCACAAAAUGGCUACCCCAUAUUUGAGAACCCCUACCCUCUGACUAUCCACGAGUCUCCUGUGACCUGCUGCGAGUACUUUGCCGACUGCUCUGUGGACCUCAUACCUGCACUUUACUCUGUUGGCUCGCGGCAGAAACGACAGGGCUACAGCAAAAAGGAAUGGCCUAUUAGUGGUGGAAACUGGGGUCAAGGCACACAAAGCUACCCAGAGAUCAUCAUCACUGGCCAUGCUGAUGGAACUGUGAAGUUCUGGGAUGCCUCUGCAAUAAUGCUCCAGGUGCUCUAUAAGCUCAAAACAGCGAAGGUGUUUGACAGAAACCGGUCAAAGGAAGACAAAGCCGGCAUGGACGUGUCAGACGAAGACCCCUUUGCCAUUCAGAUUAUGGCCUGGUGCCCUGAGAGCCGGAUGCUGUGUGUGGCUGGGGUGUCAGCCAACGUUAUCAUGUACCGCUUCAGCAAGCUGGAAGUAACUACUGAGGUGGUGCAGCUACUAGAGGUGCGAAUGCAGUACGAGCUGAAUGACAUAGAGUCUCCAGACGGCGGGGGUGGGGGUGGGGAACAGACAUCGGCGCUUCCGACACCCGGUGCCUCCCCUCAGACAAGCGGCCCGCCUUCACACCCCUCCACCAGCAGCAACAACUCUGACGGAGGCAACAUGCCAUGCCUCAAAGUGCGCAGUACUCCUCUGAAGCAGUCUCCAGGUUAUCAGGUAGAUUUGGUGGUCCAGUUAGUGUGGGUGAGUGGAGAGCCUCCUCAGCAGAUCACAAGUCUGGCGAUCAAUUCCUCCUACGGCCUUGUGGUGUUUGGCAACAGUAAUGGUCUGGCGGUGGUGGACUACAUCCAGAAGACGGUAGUCCUCAACUUGGGGACUGUCGAGCUUUAUGGCUCCAAUGACCCCUACCAGAGACAGCCACGGUCACCGAGAAAGACACGGCAGCCUUCUGGAGGUCUCUGCGACAUCAACGAGGGCUCAGCCACGUCAGAGGACCGCUGCAAGUCCCCUACUUCAGGUAACAUGAGCUGGACAACAGCAAGCUUUGAACGACAAAAAAACCUACAAAAAAGUCAAAUUCAGAGCAUCAGACAUUCAAAGAGGGAUGUUCUCUUUUUUCCAGCAAAGAUGUCACGGAAAUUAAGCUUGCCUACUGAGCUAAAGCCAGACUUGGAUGAAAAGUGCAAACCUACAAAUGCUAUGAACUGUGUCUUGUCUGUCUCGUACUGUCCUCGCAUCGCGGGUGCUUUACCUCUCUGUUCUCUCCUCACUGUCCUCCUGUCUGUAUGCCCGCCGCGGGGUGCCAACCCAUUAGACCACCGGGACAAUUCUUUCAGCCGCUCUCGCUCCUCCAGUGUCACCAGCAUCGACAAGGAAGCCCGGGAGGCCAUCAGCUCGUUCCACUUCUGCGAGACCUUCGCCCGGAAGGGGGACAGCACUUUGACACACUGCCUGUAUGUGGGCACCUCCCUGGGAACCGUGCUGGCCCUGGCUCUCACAUUGCCACCUGCCGGGGAGCAAAGGCAACUGCAGCCGGUUAUCAUUUCACCUACGGGCAUGUUGGUAAGGCUGAAGAGGAGCAUCUUGCGGAUAGCUGUCCUGGACUCCACAGGGUCCCAGCUGCCUCCUGCAUAUGAGCCUUGGUAUGAACCGAACGCUACAGCAGAUGGUGAAGACAGAGAGAAGGUCCGCAAGCGCCGGCCCGUCUCCGUGUCGCCUUCCACCUCCCAGGACCUCAACGAGAGCCACUACGCCGUGGUGUGUUCAGAGAAACAGGCCAAAAUCAUUUCCCUCCCCUCCCAGACCUGUAUCUAUAAACACAGCAUCACAGAGACCUCCUUCAUCUUACGGGCAGAUGUGGUGCAGAUGAGCCAAGGCGUGUGCGUGGCUUGUUUCUGUGCCAACGGCCACAUCAUGACCCUCAGUUUGCCGGCACUACGACCGCUCAUGGAUGUAAACUACCUGCCUUUGACAGACAUGCGGAUAGCCAGGACAUUUUGUUUCACCAACCUUGGUCAGGCCAUGUACCUCUGCUCCCCCACUGAGAUCCAGAGGAUCACUUACAGCCAGGACACCUGUGAAAACCUACAAGAGAUGCUGGGUGAACUUUUUACACCAGUGGAGACACCAGAGGCACCAAACAGAGGGUUCUUUAAAGGACUCUUUGGGGGAGGAGCACAGUCACUGGACAGAGAGGAGCUAUUCGGUGAGUUAGCAGCUGGAAAGGCAUCUCGGAGCCUGGCCCAGCACAUCCCAGGCCCUGGUGGCAUUGAGGGCAUGAAGGGGGCAGCCUCUGGUGUGGUUGGCGACCUGGCACGUGCCCGGAUAGCACUGGAUGAAAGAGGCCAGAAACUGGGCGAGCUGGAGGAGAGGACAGCUGCCAUGAUGGCCAGCGCAGAUUCCUUUUCCAAACACGCCCAUGAGAUGAUGCUGAAGUGUAAAGACAAAAAAUGGUACCAGUUCUGAUCAGUGACGGAGGAGGAGCAGAGCUCCAUGGACAAGGCUUUCACCUUCCAUUGGCU